UGUAUCCUUGAUGCUUAACCUGUUUGUUAAGUUCAAGGAGCUGGAGUCUGUCGCUCGCCUCUGAGCUCCUCUGUCUGGGUCACAGAGCUCACCCUUAACAAAAUGUCUGACACAGAAGAAGUCGGGGAGGGAGAAGUUCAGGAAGAAGAUGCACAAGAUGACUCAAAGACCAAGCCUAAGUUUAUGGCAAACAUUUCGGCCCCGAAGAUCCCUGAUGGUGAAAAGGUGGACUUUGAUGAUAUCUACAGGAAACGUCAGGAGAAGGAUCUAUCUGAGCUGCAGUCUCUGAUCGAGGCUCACUUCGUCCAGAGGAAGAAAGAGGAAGAAGAACUCAUUGCCCUCGUUAAUAGAAUUGAGAAGCGUCGUUCUGAGAGAGCCGAGCAGCAAAGGAUCAGGGCGGAGAGAGAAAAGGAGAGACAGAACAGACUUGCGGAGGAGAAGGAGCGUAAGGAGCAGGAGGAACAAAGGAAGAAGAUGGAUGAGGACGCAAAGAAGAAGAAGGCCCUCUCAAACAUGUCUCAGCAGUACGGUGGUGGACAGAAGCAGAGUGACACCAGAAGAGGCAAGAAAACAACUGAGAGAGAGAAGAAGAAGAAGAUACUGGCUGAACGCAAGAAACCUCUUAACGUUGAUCACCUGAGCGAGGAUAAACUCAAGGAUAAAGCCAAAGAACUGUGGGAGUCACUCAUGGGGCUGGAGGCUGAGAAGUUCGACCUCAGUGAGAAACUCAAAAGACAGAAAUAUGAUAUCAACCUGCUUCUCUCUCGUGUUCAGGAUCACCAGAGUGCCAAAGGUCGUGGAAAAGGCAAGAUGGGCCGUGUGAGAUAAAGCUGCUACAAGAUAGAGUCGAGGCAAACGGUGACACCAGCGAUGGACCCUGGUGUCUAUUGUCCAUGUGUUCAUUCUUCUAUUGUGUAAGAUUAUGUGCCAGUUGCUAUGGUCAUAAAAGUACAAAACAAGUGUUUCUGUGUAAAUCUGUCCACUAUAAUAACUCUUACACAAAAAUUCACACUGAACAGCAAA